GCUCUGCCCUACUUUGACCGUCUGGACUAUGUUUCCAUGAUGUGUAAUGAGCAGGCCUACUCUCUGGCUGUGGAGAAGCUGCUCAACAUCCAAGCUCCACCCCGUGCACAGUGGAUCAGAGUUCUGUACGGAGAGCUGACUCGCCUCCUGAACCACAUCAUGGCCAUCACCACACACGCCCUCGACAUCGGUGCAAUGACUCCUUUCUUCUGGAUGUUCGAGGAGAGAGAAAAGAUGUUUGAGUUUUAUGAGCGAGUGUCCGGGGCCAGAAUGCACGCUGCGUACGUCAGACCUGGCGGUGUUCAUCAGGAUUUGCCCCUUGGCCUGAUGGACGACAUCUAUGAGUGGUGCAAGAAUUUCUCCAUCAGAAUCGAUGAAGUUGAAGAGAUGUUGACCAACAAUCGUAUCUGGAAGAAUCGUACUGUGGACAUCGGGGUGGUUACUGCUGAGGAGGCCCUCAACUACGGCUUUAGUGGGGUGAUGCUGCGAGGGUCUGGCAUCAAGUGGGACCUGAGGAAGUCUCAACCUUACGACAAGUAUGACGAAGUGGAGUUUGACGUCCCUAUCGGAAGCAACGGAGACUGCUAUGACAGGUAUCUGUGCAGAGUUGAAGAGAUGAGGCAGUCCCUGUGGAUCAUGCACCAGGCGCUCAACAAGAUGCCAGAAGGAGAGAUUAAGGUGGAUGACGCCAAGGUCGCCCCACCAAAGAGGUCUGAGAUGAAGAUGUCAAUGGAGUCUCUGAUCCACCACUUUAAACUGUACACAGAGGGCUACCAGGUCCCCCCAGGGGCCACAUACACAGCUGUGGAGGCACCCAAGGGAGAGUUUGGUGUUUAUUUGGUAUCAGACGGCUCCAGCAGACCCUAUCGCUGCAAGAUCAAAGCUCCUGGAUUCGCUCACUUGGCUGGUCUGGAUAAAAUGUCCCAAGGACACAUGCUCGCUGAUGUGGUGGCCAUUAUUGGUACACAGGACAUAGUGUUUGGCGAGGUUGACCGUUAACGCGAUGCUGCUCAUGUUUUUGCCCCAAGAGGAGCAUUCAUUCUCUCCUCCCCACAUCUGUUAGUCAGGUUCUCUUCCUGUUCACUAUCCGCUGUAGUGAGGCUUUUGACAGAUGACUCUGCUCAUAGUCAGUGAUGUACAAUGUCCAAAUAAACCUAAUAAAUAUUUUAUCACCGAACA